AUGGCAGGCUGUGGAGAAGACUCAUGCCCAUAUCCAUAUCCGUCACAUGUCUUUGUCCCAAGCUUUGUUACGGUGAAGCUGAGUGGUAGGGAUAAGUACAGUGUCUGGAAAACACAGAUGCUAUGUCUCCUUGAGAGCCACGACAUGCUUGGUUUCAUCAAUGAAAGCCCACCUAGUGCUUUGGGGAAGGAGUGGAGAAGAUCAGACGCGCUAGUCAAAGGUUGGAUUCUUGGUUCUCUCUCUGAACAAGCGCUCAUGCACGUUGUCGAAGAUUGCACUGCAAAAGAUAUGUGGGAUAAGUUAAAGAUUUUCUACGGUCCUCCUGCAGCAGCUCAACAUGCGGCAGCAGAUCUUGAAGAAGAAGAAGGAAUAUCAAUAGAAGCUGAAUUGUCAAAGAUAGAGAACUCGAUAUCUGAAGACACAAAGGAAGCAAGAAAAGAACAAGUAGACAAAAAGAGAAAAGAAGCAGAAGAAAGAUCAAAAGUUCACCAAAGUCUAUAUGAAGCUAUUCUAAGUCAAAGUUUUGGAAAGACUUAUUCCAUUUUGAAGGAUGGAAAAGUUAAGGUGACAGACAAAAUCACCAUAAAUGGCAACACAGCACUCCACGUAGCAGUUGGCACAACCAAGAACAUGGAAUUUAUAGAGUACAUGUUGACUCUGGGCGCAGACGAUAACCCGCAAUUGGAUAUGCAAAACUCAGAAGGAAGCACCCUACUUCAUGUUGCUGCUAUUGUUGGCAACCUGGAUGCUGCUAAGAUCUUGGUUGAAAAAAACCAUGAUUUGUUGUUUGCCAAGGACAAAGAUGGCCACACACCACUAGCCAGAGCUCUUUCUAAUAUGCAUACCGACACAUGUCUGUAUUUGUUAAACCACACCAAUACUCGUGACAUAGAGAUGGGUGCCUUGUUUGAUGGUACUAGUGGUGAUGAGCUUCUUGUUAAUGCUAUUUCUUCUAAAGAUUACUAUUCAGCAUUGGUUUUGAGUAAGCAUUACCGCAAUUUGCAUAGUGACGCUGUGCUGAUGGCUAUAGCUCAAAACUUCCCACAGGAACUCAACAUCUGGGAUAGAACAUUCUAUAAAUUGUUCAGGGAUUCCCAGUCUGAAGCCAUAAUAGCCUUUAGCGCUGGUAUGUUAGCUGGAAUUACUACAAUAUGUUAUUUCCCUCGCUUCCUUCACUGGAUUAAGCCCCAUAAAUCUUUCCUUUUGUGGGCUAUAAAAGUUCUUAUUCUCGGAGCAACAUGGUUCCUGUCCACUAUUGCUUUCAUGUGGAUGUUUGUGUGUCUCCUUAAAAUCAUAAGGAUGUUACGUAGGAUGAGUCAGAAUUUGCCAUCUUGUGCUGCUCUCUCGAGGAUUCAUAAACCUGUCCAACGUAUCACGAAGAAGCUACCAAGGCACCUCAAGUGCGUCGAAAAGGGAGCUCAAAUGCGCUGUGAUGCUACGGACCUGUUAACAUCAAUAUGUAAUUUGAUAAAAGAUUCGAAAGCCUCCCCCUCUCACCAUUAUUAUUACACCAAUCCGGUUCUUGAAGCCACAAGACAAAAUGCAUAUGAGGUUGUAGUAACGAUUGUAUCAUUUUUCCCUAAUGCUAUUUGGAGCGCCAAUGAAGAUGGUCACAACAUUAUUCAAUAUGCUGUAAUAAAUCGUUCAGAAAAGGUUUACAAUCUACUAUAUCAAAUGAGCGAGCACAAAAAUAUUUAUAGAACAAUCAAAGACCCUUUUGAGAACAAUCUCUUGCAUUUGGCAGCAAGAUUGGCACCUACCAACAAACUGAAUCUUAUAUCAGGUGCGGCUUUGCAAAUACAACGUGAACUACAAUGGUUUAAGGAAGUCCAAGGAUUUGUAUGCCCGCUAAACAUCAUACAAAAAAAUUCUUUCGGAGAAACGCCUCAAAUGGUAUUUACUAGAGAGCACAAGGAGUUGGUGAUUGAGGGUGAAAAAUGGAUGAAAGCCACCGCAGAGUCAUACACAAUUACAGCUGCAUUAAUCACAACUAUUGUGUUUGCAGCAGCUAUCACGGUUCCAGGAGGAAGCAGUCAGGACACGGGGAUACCGUUGUUUACUAACAAAACCGCCUUCAAAGUAUUUGCAGUAUCAGAUGCCAUAUCACUGUUCACAUCGGUUACAUCGUUGUUAAUGUUUUUGUCGAUCCUCACUGCACGCUUUGCGGAGGAAGACUUCCUCUUCAAUUUGCCUACAAAGUUGAUAAUAGGUCUGGCCACCUUGUUCAUCUCAACAACAGCCAUGGUGAUAGCUUUUGGUGCAGCAUUGUUCCUUGUGUUUGGCCACCUUGUUCAUCUCAGCAACUCAUGGAUUCUUGUUCCCAUAGUUGCAUUGACUUUCCUACCAAUUACUUCUUUCGCGACCUUACAGUUUCCACUUAUUUUUGACCUUAUGAGUUCCACAUAUGGCCCUGCUAUUUUUGGUAAGAAACGAGAUGACCCAUUCUAUUGAAUUCUUCUCCAGUCAGUAACAUAUGAUUUUAAGUUCACUGCAGAACAUGUCCUCAUCAUGAAAAAUAUGUAUUAGAUUAUGAUAUUUUUAUUAUCAGCGGAGAUGUGAAGUUAAAAAUUAUGAUAAAAGGUAUUGGAUUUGGAUAACUAAUUUCAAAGAUCG